AUGCCACACCAACACGACGAGCACUGUGGCCACGAAGCCACCGACCACGACCACGACCACGAUACGGCAGAUCUUGGAGCGAACGACAACCUUUUCAAACAGAUUGACCGCGACAAUGUUGUUGCUCUAAAUACUCUCGCCGCUGGCUCUCUGGUGAUCAAACCUUGGCACGAACGGCUUGACGAAACAAAGGCUCUCGAAUCUGACGCUGACGACCAAAUCAUCAUCCGCAUUCCAUUCACCAGUUCCGUCCGCUUGCGUUCUCUCCUUCUCAAGACCGGUCCCGGCGACCAAACUCCGUCGAAAGUCGCCUUGUUUGCAAACGAAGACAACUUUGACUUUGAUGACGUCGCUGACAAGACUCCGACACAGGAAUUCAUCGUGGCCCCAGGACGCGAAGUCGGAGAAUACGCAUUGAGAACAGCGAAAUUCUCCAACUUGUCAUCCGUGUCGCUCUUGUUCCCUGCCUCGCAAGGUGCCGACACCACCCAAAUAUAUUAUGUCGGCUUUCUGGGCCACUGGACAGAGCGCAAGAACAGUGCGGUGAUUACCGUUUACGAAACCCAAGCCAACCUGGCAGACCAUGAAAAGAUUCAAGGGACUGAUGGCGCGACCAGUAAUCCCGGUUUCUGA